GCGGGGUUAAUGAAAACCGAAUAUCCAGCGAAUAUCGAACCUUUAGCUAACUUUUACCCGCUGUUGAAGCUCUACUUCCGCUUCCGGUGUAAACAGUCGAAGGUCCGGCGCGGCAUGGCGGGAUCUGAACCAUUAGAACCAUUAGGACUGAGCAGAGAUCUGAAGGGUUCUGAACCAUUAGGAUCGUGCAGAGACCUUAUGGGUUCUGAACCAUUAGGACCGAGCAGAGGUCUGACGGAGGAGCGGAGGUUCUUCUGCACGGCGGGCGGCGGGCUGGAGGAGGUUCUGGUCCGGGAGCUGAGGACCCGACUGGGGGCUGAAGAGGUGUGUCACGUCUCCGGUAAAGUCCUGUUCCGGACCUCCGCGGGGAUGGACGCGCUGCGGCGGCUGAAGUCUGCAGAGAGGCUGUUCCUGUUGGUGUCACGAGACGGCCCGGUCGCCCUGCCGGCCCACACCUGCCCAGUUAAGGCGGCUUCCCUCCUCCAGUCCAGGCUGCUGGGUGAUGGGCGUCAGUGGGGCGAUGCUGCGCUGACCUGGAGCCGCCUGCAGGGGGAGACAGAGCGCAGUGGCUCAGACGGCCUGCAAGGGGCGACAGAGCGCCGUGGCUCAGACGGCCUGCUGGGGGAGAUAGAGCGCCUUGGCUCAGACGGCCUGCAGGGGGAGAUAGAGCGUUGUGACUCAGACGUCCUGCGGGGAGCCGGACCCCAGAGGAAGACAGGUGGCAGGGAGGAGGAGAGAGGGAGGAGAACACAGCAGGGAGAGGAGGGGAGUGCAGAUGGAAGAAGGAGUGAGAGACAAGCGGAGGGGGAGGAGGAGGAGGAAAGCAGUGAUGGAGUGAAUGCAGAACAUAAGCGUGGAGAGAAGAGAAAGAAAGGUGGCGGAAGAGAGGUUGGAGGAGGAGGAGAGGAAGACAGAAAGAUAAUGAGACAGAAGGAGCAUCUCUCUUCCCCCUUCCAUUCAGAGGCGCUCUCCUUCAGGGUCAACUGUAAGCUCUCAGGACCCCUGAGUCGCUGUCUCAACUCCCAGGAGGCGAGCCGUGUGAUUGGCUCAGGGCUGAGCAGACUGCUGGGCUGGAGGGUGGAGCUGAGGAGCCCCCAGCUGGAGGUGAGCAUGUACCUGAGUGGGGACCACAGCAUCCUCGGGAUUCCCCUCACCAGACUGCCCCUAGCCAGCAGGAGCUACAUGAGGACCACAGGGCUCCGGUCCACCGUGGCCUGGACCCUCGGCUCGCUGGCCGGCAUACAACCAGGCUGGUGUGUGCUGGACCCGAUGUGCGGCGUAGGAACCAUAUUACUGGAGGCUGCACAGGAUCACAAGGAUGUCCAUUUCCUGGGUGUGGACAUUGAUGACGGACAGUUGCAGAGGGCCAAUGAGAAUGUAGCGUUUGCUGACCUGAGGGAGAGGAUUCACCUGAUGAAGGCCUCCUGCUCUGGCCUCCCUGUGUGUAGCAGCAGUGUGGACGCGGUGGUGUGCGACUUACCGUUCGGCAGAAAGUUCAACACAAAGACCAACAUGGCCGACAGUCUGCUCUGCAUCGUCUCAGAGAUGGAGAGGGUUCUGCGUCCUGGUGGUUCUCUGGUUCUCCUCCUCAGCCCUCCGAUGUCCUGUCAGCUGAAGAAGCUCCAGGCUGGGCCGCGCCCCGGGACUCAGCUCCCCCAGGCCCCCGGGACCCAGGCCCCCGAGACCCAGGCCCCCGGGACUCAGGACCCCCAGGACCCCCAGGACCCCGGGCUCCAGGCUGGGCCUCUCUCCAGCCUCCGGCUCCAGGCGACCCACAGACUGAGCCUGGGCGCCAUAGACGGACUGGUCCACUCCUACGUUAAGAGGGGGGUGCUAUAGACGGACUGGUCCACUCCUACGUUAAGAGGGGGGGCACAAUAGACGGACUGGUCCACUCCUACGUUAAGAGGGGGGCGCUAUAGACAGACUAGUCCACUCCUACGUUAAGAGGGGGGCGCUAUAGAUGGACUGGUCCACUCCUACGUUAAGAGGGGGGGGGCCCGCUAUUGACGGACUGGUCCACUCCUACGUUAAGAGGGGGGGGCGCUAUAGACGGACUGGUCCACUCCUACGUUAAAGGGGAGCCCCUAUAAACGGACUGGUCCACUCCUACGUUAAGAGGGGUCCCCUAUAGAUGGACUGGUCCACUCCUACGUUAAGAGGGGGGCGCUAUAGACGGACUGAUCCACUCCUACGUUAAGGUGGAGCCUGACCCACAAGCGCUCCACAGACAACCAACAAUGUUAUCAAGUAUUUUUUAUCAAAUGUAUUUUUAUAAUGGUUUUAAUAAAAUUAUCAAUAAAAUUGUGAA